AUGUUAGCAAGACGUAGCAGACUCAUUCAGUCGAGUAUUAAUAGUAUUAUUGGCAAGAGAGUAUGGUACUCCCAAACAACACAAGAGAAAUUGGUAUUUGAAAAACUGUCAAAAGAAUUGAAUCCUUCUAAUUUAAGAGUUCAAGAUAUAUCUGGUGGAUGUGGGUCUAUGUUUGCUAUUGAUGUUACUAGUGACAAAUUUAAAGGUUUGUCGAUGAUUAAGCAACAUAAACUUGUGAAUGAAAUUUUAAGAGAUGAUAUUUCUCAAUGGCAUGGGUUGCAAUUGAAAACAAAAUCUAAGUAA